UCCGUAGCUAUUUGUGGUUGUUCUUUAAGCUGUAGCGAUUCAGUGAACGAUCUUUGGUUCAAACUGGAACUGAUAUUCAUUCUCUCUGAUUUGAUUUGAUUUCAUUACUGUGCUUCGAUGCUUUGUGAUUUACUGCUGUAUGUUGGGUUUUGAGUUUAAAUGAUUGAUCCCAUGGGGAAGAAAAACAGAGUUCGUGCCUCUCGGGAAGGUGCAGGACGGAGAACAAGGGUGAAUAUGGAAAACAGUGCUGAAGGAGGAAGUUCUGCAAAUAUGGGAUUCCCUAGGAUUACGCUCAAUGAAAGAAUUCUUUCUUCCAUGUCUCGAAGAUCUGUCGCCGCUCACCCUUGGCACGAUUUGGAGAUCGGGCCCGGUGCACCGUCGGUUUUCAAUUGUGUUGUUGAAAUUAGCAAAGGCAGCAAGGUUAAAUAUGAGCUUGACAAGGCCAGUGGCCUUAUAAAAGUUGAUCGCGUACUUUACUCAUCAGUCGUUUACCCACACAAUUAUGGCUUCAUCCCACGUACAAUUUGUGAAGAUAGUGAUCCUAUGGAUGUUUUGGUACUGAUGCAGGAGCCUGUGCUACCUGGAUCUUUCCUUCGAGCUCGUGCUAUUGGAUUAAUGCCUAUGAUUGAUCAAGGAGAAAGGGAUGACAAAAUCAUAGCAGUCUGUGCUGAUGACCCGGAAUUCCGCCAUUAUACGGACAUCAAGGAGAUUCCCCCACAUCGACUGGCCGAGAUUCGCCGAUUCUUUGAGGACUAUAAGAAGAACGAAAACAAGAAAGUCGAUGUGGAAGACUUCUUGCCAGCGGAGGCUGCCAUUGAUGCCAUCAAAUACUCCAUGGACUUGUAUGCUGCCUACAUAGUUGAAAGCUUAAGGCAGUAAGUUUUUUCUUUUUCAAGGCAAUAAGAGACUGGCUGUUAAAGAAACAAUUAGCAGCAUAUUUAGUGAGGCUGCUGGCUACUUAUAUAAUUGCUGCCUCAACUUUUAACCCUUCAACUGUAACAGCUCAAUUUUUUCAUUCUGAAUAAUGUAUAAGUGGAAGACUUAUGUAUGCUGCCUUUCCACAUGCAAUGCAUUUUAUUCAAAUUGGAAUAACCUGUUCUAUUUGAUGAGUUGUAUCAUAAUAUUGUCUUUUGAGGACUUGUCUA